CUGCACACGGAAACACGUACUGCUCCAAAAAUCAUAUUUUGUUGCAAUUGUUUGAAUACAAAAGGCAUCGUCUCUUUGGCAUUUCUAUGUUUUUUCCCCUUAAUUCGAUUACAAUAACGUCAUUCCCGGAAGAAAACUGUAUUUUAUUUGUUUCUGAGAGCCAGUUUCGGAAUCUGUAACAGGAGCUGUCAUCGAACCAACAAUUAUUGCUUGUGUAAACUUCCUUCUUUCUGUGUACAAUUUUGUUGACAGCUAGUUCAGAGUGGAUUUUUGUGUAGUUUUUGCACACGUAAUUGUGACAAUGAUAUAACCUGAUCCAGAUUGUAACCUUUGUACUCUAACUAGACUCAGAUUGUUGGCCUCAGAUAAUAUUGAUACAUUAUUCAUCACAUUCUUUCAGUGUAACUCAAUGCUUGUUACGCCAUUUGACUCGAAGACAAAAAAGUUCGGUACAUGGAGGAAUUUACGACGGACGCAAUUCUGACCGGACUGUGAGUGAGCAACAACGCCGUAUGAUUUGACAAGUUCACGGGUGUGGGUUCGCCAGUGUCACGGUCGUCGUUGUUCCGAAUUCUUGGUCGUCGUGAUAAAGUUCUCAACUCGUAAACAACUUUAAAUCCACAACUAAAACAAUCACAGCUGAUUUUGUUUUACGAAGGCUUCACUGACGAAUGCACGACUUUUGAUACUUAUUUCUCUGGCAGACUGUUAUGGAAUGCAAUAAUCCAGUGGCCAAGCAAUUCUAGCGCGAUUGAUGCAGUUUAAUGGCCGGGCUAUUCCGAGUCCGAAAGCGAUCAGAUACGGUCCACGUUCCGGGGACUCGAGCGUGUCAACCCAGGCCGCCCGUACCGGACUCUCGAGCGCUCAGACGGCAGGAGGGAGACUGCGACGAUAAGGGUAGAAGACGAAGUCUGUCGGACCCGGCCAAACGGAAAGCUAUGUCGAAGAUUGGGGUUGGAGGACUGCUCGGAAAACUAGGGAAUUUAUUGUCACUGACCCCAACCGCACCUCGGGUUUACUACUCCGGCAAAAGCUACAAUUUCCUCCCCAAAAAGAAGCUAGUCCCCUUCAGUCGCGAGAUGGUGGCAUCUUACUCCGGGCCGCACGGAGGACUUACAAACAGCGGGCCAAUCCUUCCUGAUUCCGCGGGGGAAAACACCGCGCUAUCCCCCGCCAACGGCAACGCGGUGCACGGUACGAACGGGGUCGGUGUGAAGACGCAACAACAGCAAGAAUUCGAAAGAAAUGAGAAAAAGCCUCCCUUGGAUCGUGACGUCUCGAAAUGGAGACAACGGAAUGAGAAGGCUUACGGCAAGUCUGUGUCACUUUACGAGUACAAAAACAGUGACAAGAAAGAAUGCACAGGAGACCCGAUUGCCGAUGUAUUUGCUAUCCAUGCGACUCGCAACAGCUGCAUCAUGGCGGUAGCUGACGGCGUGGGAUGGGGACAGGCAGCCAGACGAGCAGCCCAGUGUGCCGUUAAGGGGUCCAUGGAAUACUUGCUGAAAACACUGUAUUCCAAAUCCAAGGACUUUCAAAAUGAGCCGUUCACCACUACAGAUGUCUUUAAGUGUAUGACAGAGUCAUUGGACGAAGCUCAGGAACUGAUCAUAUCUCGCGAGGGUUCUCUUACCACUCUGUGCUUGGCUGUGGUAGCUGAUGUCACGUCAGACGACACGACCUCCAAAGUCCUGUGUGUCAUUAACGUUGGUGACAGCCUGGCUUUUGUCAACAGUCAGCGGCAUGGAGUCAAGGAGGUCACCGUUGGUUGCAGAGAGUACAAUCUCCACCGGAAUAUCCGAUUUUGUGACGGCGCCUUAGGCCCCUGCUUCGGCGAAAACCCCGACUUGGAAAACCUGACUUUCUCUUACACCACCUUGGAAGAAGGCGACAUCGUGUUUUUGACGAGCGACGGAGUGUCCGAUAAUUUCGACCCGGUGGUUGCCAAGAGGGCCGUGGCAAAUACUGACUUCAAGUCCAACAAGAGCCGGGCUGAGAUGAUCUUCAGCGACGAUCAGUGGGAGGCUGGGAACAGGGAAGACGGGCGCCUCCCAGCGGCGACGCCGAGAGAGAGGCAAGAGGAGAUGACAAGAAUGAUGGACGAAGUCAUCCACAAGACGGAGAUGCCCAGCGAGGACCCGUACUCCGCCUCCUCCCUCUGCAGCAAGCUGCUGCAGUACACGGUGAAUCUGACGGAGAGGAAGCGGGCCGCUCACGAAGCCACCAACAACAUCAUCAGCAUCUGCGAGAAGGAGCACCUAGAGACCCAGACCAUGAUGACGGGGCAGGAGGCGCUGUCGAGACACGCCCGGAGCCUCCCGGGGAAGCUGGACCACGCCACGGUGGUGGCGUACGUCGUGGGAGGAACAACUGAUCUCGGAGAACCCAAACCUCGGGUAAUCAAGGAGGUCCCAGCCCGCGACUCGUCCAGUUAUUUUGAUGUUUCGGUUGGGACUCAGCAGUGUAAAGAUUUCAUUUCUUUGAUAGAUUAAAUAAGUAACUCCGCAGCUCAGCUUAGAGGUUAAAACUGAGUGAGCAAUGCGGCGACUGAGCUGCAAGAAAUGACCCAAGGUCACCGCAAGUAGUUUGGUCACAAUGACUCUAAACCUGUCGGAAAAGGACAUCGUGCCAUUUGCCCCUGAAAUCUUUUAAUUAAAGGAAGCUCUUGACUAUUUUGGGGUAGCUCUCUGAAAUAACAUUGUAUAUAGGCUAGUUACUACUCAGUGCUAAUACAGGUACAGACUUUUAUUCAAUUAUCUUCUCAAUGCUGCAUUGCUUUGAUUAUAAAUUUUAGCUUCGGAUACUGAGUACAUCACUUUGUUUUUCAUGUUAAGAAGACGCUCUUGAAAAUGGCGAUCGGAAAUAUUGGCAGUUUGUAGAUGUAUCGAACCAUUGUAAACUUGUCAAUGAAGUUAAUAUACGGAGGCUGUAAGUAGACAUGUAUGCAUCUAUUUAUUAAUACAGAACCAAAGUUGCCUGUCAAAACUAAACAAAAAAAGUACUGAGCCAACAUACAGUGCCUUUAUUAUUUUAAGGUUUGUUUAAUCGUUGUCCUAAAUUAUGACAAUAGUUCGUUUAUACUGUAUUGGACUCUUUAUUUCAUUUCUACAAAGUCACAUGCCAAUACCAUGUGACAAUAUCGCUAGUGGACAAUUACAUCGGAAAUAUUAAGAAAUAAGAGUUUGCACGGCAGCAUAAAAUACCAGUUUUAUAAAUGUGUAUUCAGUUGGAAAAACGUUCAAACACGUCUAGUUGGAUUGUGAUACAUUUUAUUCAUCCGUUUCAAUCGGAGCAUUACUCAUAAAUUUGCGAGCUUGUUGGAUGGCA